UCAAGGAAAUGCAAACAUCUCUUUAGCAAGUUCAAACAUCACCUGAUAUCGGGUUGACUUGACUAGGCUUGGGGUUUGGUGCUAGCGUCCUUUAACAAAUAGCUGAUAUUUAGAUAUUUUAGAAUUUCAGAUACAACUGGAAAAGGGGAGCGGUUAGUGCGUGAGAAUUGAAGAACUGAAAAUAAGGGCAUCGGUGAAAUAGGAGUAUAUAUAUUUAUAUAGUGCUUGUUUUUUUUUAAAUAGAUGCCGGUACUCAGUGGUGGAUUGCCUAACUUUUAAAUACUAAUAAAUUAAUAAUAGACGUUAAAAUAUAAGAAAAGUAAUAAUUUUCUCCCCGCAUUGAAAAAGGUGCCUGUGCGUACCGUCACAAAAGAGAUAGAGAGAGAGAUAAAGGGAGAUAGAACGAAAGAGGUAAAGAGAAAGAAAAAGAGCAAAAAAAGAAGGAAAUAGAGAAAAAAAUUGAAAAAAAGAUAAAAGGGGAGAAAGAGAACGAAAGCGAUAGAUAGAGAGAAAAAGGAAAAAAAGGGUGUAAGAGAUGAAAAGAGAGAUAAAGAGAAAAGGAAGUUUUGUACACAAAAAAAAAAACCACCUCCUAGACAAAUGUACUUUUUGGCUGUAUCGUAUAACUUCUAUUGCCAACCCUGAAAUGCUCUUUCUUAGAUUUGGGUCACACGCAUUUAUAGGAUUCAUCAAAAGGUUUUCAAGCUUUGUAUCUCUAUUUGCUUCGACACCAAUACACCACUAAAAUGAUUUCCAACAAGGCUCAGUUACAACUUUAAGUGUUAGGUAACCAGACAAUGACAAUUCAUAUUGAAACAACUAAAUCCUGUCAAAUCAUCAUCAUUUGAUAUCACUGACAUUCACAGAGUAGCGAGAAAUGAUCACAUGAUCUGCAGACUGAUAUUGGUAUUGAUAUGAUCGUCUGCUACAGUUAUUUAUAAAUCAUAUGUUUUAUAAUCAGUUUUACAAGUCACGAAAUUUUUAUAAAGUAAAAAACUGCAGCUCUCGACCUGACAAAUUGUUUUGUUCAUUUUUCUUUCUUUGUAAAAGUUUUAUAUCGGAAGUAUUCGGAAGAUAGUUUCGGAAAUAUUCUGUCAUUUGUUCACUAGAUUUUGUACAGUGUAACAUUGGAAACUCACGAGAUAAGUUCGUAACGAAAACAAUUAAAGUGACCAAUCAUUUUAGUGAUAAUAAAAAAAACGCUACGUGUGAAUUGAAAACUACGCAGAUACUCAGUUGAAAAUUAAACUGUCGAAAAUGUUGAAGAAAUGAAACAAAAUAUUUCUUCAAGCCUACUGGAAUACAAUUUGUGACAACUAAAGUAGCAGCUUUCGAUCUAUUUUAAUGGUGCUGAUUGACAGACAAAAAAAAAGGAUACCAGUAAAUAGAAAGAAAGAGAAAUUGAACUAACAUAUACAAACGUAUAUCCGUUGACCAAAAGUACAAUAUGGUUCCGUUGAUUGGCUCCUCCAGGCGCAACAGGCACGAGCACAUUGCAGACGAGCAGGCUGGGCCCAGUGAUUGGUUCAGCGCUUCUGCCUUGGAGGAUGAGUUUGUGUCACGUGACCUCUCUCUUUACGACGACCAUCUGAGCUUCCUGGAGAUUGUGGCUCCAACGUCUGCCUCUUGGAGAGCUGCUCAGGGGCCGAUACCUCCAUCAGUAUUUGGGGCCGCUUCCAGGAAAGAUGAUGACGGCACGAGCGAGCCGGUCAAGGCCAAACGAAAAUGUGGGCGUCCGAGGAACCCCAUCCCCCGCCACAAGAGGGAAUCACACAUCAAUGCUGAGCACCGGAGGAGAGGGAAGAUCCAGAAUGGCUUCCGGACUUUGAAAAGUAUGGUGCCCAAGUAUGAACAUGCAUCGGGAAGAGACAGUAAAGCAGACAUUUUGUUUAAAGCUGUUGACCACUGCAAGGUGCUGAAGCGGGAAAUGGAAGAAAUUACAAGCACUAUGCAGUCCAUUCAAUCAGAGAAAGAGGCUAUUCAAAAAGAAAUUCACAAUUAUCAAAAUAUGAUUCCAAACAUUCACGAGAUGACCAAAACAAUGGAUGACCGUUUUGACGAGUACGUAGAAGAACAGUCUCACAACGGUUGGGCAGCUUGGACACUCCAACAAAUUGUACGUCCUCUAUUUGACUCCUACAAAAGUCGUGUGACUAGCACUUCACUGGGAGACUUCCUGCUAUCUGUAAACCAGUGGGCAGACAGCUCUCUGGAUGUCAACAACAUACGCCAUUUGGUGGUGUCUUCAUUACAAAACUUUACUAGGAAAACUCAGCUGGACUCCCCUGUGGACAUUGAAUCAGAAAGGUUCGCAACAUUGUCCGGUGUAGCUCAUGUUCCAAUGCAGUUCAGCGAGGGUGCGACUCAGAACUUGGCAUUUUCCAACAGUGUGUCUCAUUCAUCAGCCUCUCCCCACACCAGGAGUCCUCACACUUUGCCAUCUUUCAGCCCACAACCCCCUUGCGCGCAAUCGUACAGCCCGCACAAUCCGUCGACCCACUCAUUCAGCCCACAUUCACCCAGCGCAAAUGGCUAUAGUCCUUAUGCCCACACUUACAGUCCCGAAAAUCCUUCCAUUCAAGUCUGCGACUCUGGUCUAUCAUCAAGUGCUGGAAUUAUUGAUGCGUCCAGCGAUAUCACGUGUUUUGAUGGCGAUCACCGCGAUUUGGCUAGCCUCAGUCCUCGGAUAGGGCUUCAACACAGUGGUGAACUGAUGCCUUUUCCAGAGAGCGAGACGCAGAGCCACCUGUGCCAUAACAUCAAUAACAACAGCAUCUUCGCUGAUUUGAACCUCAGCAGCGAACAGAGUUCGAGCGUCAACUAUAUCAGGUCAAACGACAACAACUUUGACGUUUGGCAACAGCAAGAGCAGCAACAAUAUCAGAACUACUCUACCUACCUAGAAGGCGACCAACAUCCACACCAAUUUGAAAACGACGAAAACGACCCAACGUUUUAUGAGAUGAACAAAAUGCAAAUUCCGUGGAGCUCUUCCCACUUCCUAACUAGCGAUCUGGAGCAAGCCCAGGCUCUGCAGACAACAGAGUAUAAUAUGUUCGAGCGUGACAACAAAUAUGAUUCUCCUGUCUCUCAGGAGGCUUCCCCUUCAGUAGCUCAGCUCGAUUCAGCUCAGAUGUUCUCUCAAAGAGUUCGACACAUCGCUGAGAGUCAAAGGCACAAGAGUGCGUCGCUGUCUUCGACAGAGAGUGAUGUUGGGGUCCUUGGUAUGACUUCUUUUUCGAGACAAGCCGCUGAAGUCUUGCAAGACCAAGAACGAUAUUGCCCAUUGACCCCUUCUACUGAUGGAUGUAGCUCGCCAGUUGAAUCGUCACAUCUUGAUAGCCCUUUCGUCAAGUUCGACAGAUUUUCGCACGAACUGCCUCUACAAGAUGUCUCACGAGAAAUCCGUCCCCAUGGCAAAUUUUCGUUUGGUGAUCAUAUUUUCAGAACUGGCUUGAGUAACGAUCACUUGCCUGCACCAUUACCAAGCUACAAUGACACGUUUGGUCCGAGAGAAAACGAGUAUUGCAAACAAAAGGGCUCCUCGGUAGAUGGGCCUUGCAUAAAGGCGGACACUGCUCCAAUCAAAAAAUUAAAACAUUUAGAGACAUCGUCUUUAUUAGCCGAGCUUCUGGGACCACCUAAAUUCUUUAAAUCAAACACUGCCAGGGAUGCACAAAAAGAAAUCAGAAGCGGGUUUGAUAGUACCGGUUCUUCGCCUACUCAGCAAUGGCCGGCAACAGAUUGUUUGAGUGAGGUUAACGGUAGGACUUUACUUAGACUACCUCCAACUGACAAUGAAAUGAAGCGAAGACCACCUCUCGUCAUCAACAGAAACACCCAGUCAAACAAUGCUGUGCAUUUCACAAAUUCUACACCAGACGUGUCGGACAGGUUCGACAACGUCAGAUCUGUAACAAAUCGAAACAGUAUAAAUAUUCUAGACAGCCUCAGCAAGCUAAGAGGGACACCAGAAGAACUCAGCUUCGAGGUGGCUCAUCAAAUACUGCUUCAAAGUUACGGCAUGACCUCCGAUUCCUGCGGCAAGUCCCACGAAGGACAUAAAUCCUGCGAGACUUUCUCAAGGCAAAGAUCAUCUUUCUUCGAUCCUUGUUCACCAGCCCCAGAAGCUGUCCCUGUGAGCCAUAGCUCUCACCCCUCAGACUUUGCGUGUCCUAUCAGCACGACAAAUACAAUUACCAGCAGCCGUGCCAACUCAGAGAAGAGAACUGUCAGCAGAAAAAUCUCUUUCGAAGACAGCUACGCGUACGACAAUAACUUGGACAGGCUGGAGGACAGUAAAAAAUACUGCCAGUGGUCGUGCUUGGACACGCCCUUUGAGAACACAAAAGUGGACGGCUUGCAGGCUCUCUAUUGCUCACCAGAGAGCGCGAGUAUGAGGAAUGAAGGACAUGAGUUGAAACCCGUCGUCAACCAUGUUUAGCUUAAUUCUCCUCGUUACAUGCUUUGAACUCUAAUGUUUCAUCUUCUGUAUCUGACUUUCUGUUGUCUUUAGCUUUUGACAUUUUGUGUUGUUGGAAAUUAAUAAAUGAUGUAUUAAUAUUAUUAGUAGAUGUUUUUACAGUCUUAUUGAUGUAGCUUGGGUGGAAGUAGGAAUGUAUUUAUUCUUGUUCUGAUUCCAAUGUUCCUGCUUUAAUCAUCAACUACAAGUAUAGGUACCCGGCGUAAAAACGUUUGGCAUGCUUCUUUUUUAUCAAUGUUAAAUGUUUUCGAUAGAUCGACUAAUUUGGCUACUGCUAGAUCUUUUUUUCUAAACGUAACAUUAUUUUCAUCCAAAUUAAAGUUGACAUAUUUUUGGAGUCUCACUUCUAAGCAUGCGCUAUAGGCCGGGUCAUUUUAUAGCACUCACAAAAUGACUGUCAUUGUAAAAAUGUUUUCAUUCAGAUCAGAUGCUAACAUGUGCUCUCCUUGAUCUAAACCAUGACAAAAUGUGACCGCAUACCUUCAGAUGUUCCUAAGGUGAUAGAGAUAUUAAUAUUGUCUUCCAUGUAUGUGCGUUCAUGGCAUUUCCGUGGGCUUUGUGCUGACAACGAGCUACACACAAUUUUUUUUAAAUGAUUUAUAUCCUGAUAAAAAUGGCUUUCAUUGUUGUUUUAAGUCGAUCUUUUGUAACUGUGUAUAGAACGUGUUGCCUUUGUCAUUUAGACAUGCAUGUAGGUGUAUAUGUGUGUCAGUGUAGGAAUGCAUGUGUCUGUGCUUGUAUAUUUGAUUCGUUUGUCAGUGUGUAUAAAGUGUAUUACUAUCAGAAGACCAAAAAAAGUAUCCUUUUUGUUUUUCUGGUAUACAGAUCUACAUAUAUAUGAGUGACCAUUUUAUCGUCAAAUAGUAAAAUGGCUGAAGGAAAUGGUUACGUCUCUGAACCAGUCCAAUGGCGCAGUUUAAAGCUAUAUCCCACUUUUUGAUACGAAAGACUAUUUUUUAACCAAAUAGUUUUUCUACUUGUUGCUUUAUGCCACUAAUAUAUAAAAUAUAAACUGUUCCCAUUACAGCAACACACUGAUGUGCACAUCACACAAUGACGUCAUCAAACUAGCUGGUGAUCUUCACAAAAAAAAGUCUUUAGUUUUUAUCCUUGUAAAUCUGUUGCUGUGCAAUGAUCCCAAAUUUAUUAGCAAACUUCAUUGUAAUCUGUUAAGGCCUCGAAUGAAUCAUAUGAACAUACCUUCAAUUGGAAUUAUAUUUAGGUAUUAGGCCUACUCCGAGUUUUAAAGUUUGAAGCAUAAAGACUUUUUUUUUUAAGUAUGUAUAUAAAAAUGUAAAAGUUAUUGGCAUGUUAAUCUGUGUUAUUUAUUUAUAUGUAUUAUAAGAGUUUGUCUUUUGUGUGUAAAUAAUGACUUGCUUGUUCUGGAAACAUUUUGUUCAUGUGUUCAUUCCUGAUAUAGUUCACUAAAUGUUCAUAUUCUAUUUCAUCAAAUGUGCAAUGUGUCCUCAUGAUGUCAGGCUCUUACAGUAUUUAUCAUGUUCAGGUCAUGUGUCAUAUUUUUUUUUAAAAAAUGUCAUCUAAUAAAAACUGAAGUAUUACAAUU